AUGGACGACUUACUAUGGGCUCGGCAGGAAGCAGCCCCAACCACGGCUUUGGCUACUACAACUUCUCUUCCACAGGCUGCCACACCCGCAAUCCCCGACAGUUCCCUUGCCUCCUCAGCAGUCGCCAAUCCUACCUCAAACCCAGGACCAAGCACUUCUUCAGAUUCUACAAGUAGCUCCUUUAGUACUUUAUCCAUCGCCAGCUCUACUACGUCAGCUCUGCAGACGUCUUCUAUUUCCGAGUCUAGCGGUAUUGCCAGCACUUCAUCCAUCGCCAGCUCUACUACGUCAGCUCUGCAGACGUCCUCUAUCUCCGAGUCUAGCGGUAUUGCCAGCACUUCAAGUACUUCCGUCAUACAACACGGGAGUAGCGGACUUAGCGGUGGUGGUCUUGCGGGCGCAAUCGUAGGGUCUAUUCUAGGGACCUUUAUCUUGACACUACUGGGUGCUUUCGUCUUCUUUCGCCGUGGUAGACAGAAUAAGUCCCGUCCAGAGACGACUGGAUUGACAUCCUCCCAGCCCACAAAAGGACUGGGACAGAUAUACUCUCAGCCCAUUCAUUCUUCACUACCGUCUGCGAACGGGACACAGCCUUCUCCUUCGGUCCCUGUCGAGGCGCAAUAUCUGGACUUAUCCUCAUAUGUCCCACAACCGGCGGAUGACGGUACGGUGUCUUCACGCAUCCAAACCCUCUUUGACCAGGCCAGUCUUCACAUCGAUAACUACUAUUCCACAAGCUUGAACCGGCUUCGAUCGCCACAGGAUGUUGUCCGUAACAUCGAAACCUAUGGCUCCCCUUUCUUGCCCGCUCCACUUGCCACGAUGCUCUCGAAACCGCGGACAAAGAGGGCAGUGCUUACUCAUGUCUUGGUGCGAACGUUGCUGCAGUCGAUUCAACCAGGACACCAAGCGAAGUGCUUGCUCCCAGCGCCAUACGCAUCAGGCCCUCCAGUGAACACAGAGAACAAUGAAGCCCGUGCCAUAUUCGCCUGGCGCAUGCUCACGACAUAUCUUCAUAGCAAAAAGGGUUCUACCCAGGAGACAAUCACCUUAACACCCCCCGAAGAUGCAAUCAAGUCAUUGGUCGAGGACUUCUCGUCGACCUUUGCAUCAUACAGUGACUCCCAAUUCCCAGAUGCCGAUCGGCUCGCGCAGUUGACCAGCGUACUCAGAGCAGCGUCCGACCUUGGGGCUUGGCUGUUCUCCCAACCGUGUACUUAUGAUUUCCGUUGGGAUACCAGUUCGACUCCUCCAGACCAUGUUAUUGUCCUCCCGGCGGUGGUUAAGGUGUCUGAUGAGCUAGGUCAGCGGUUGCUAGUACCUCAAAUGUUGGUGGAAAGAACUGUUCAACGGGCUUAA